AUGUCUGGCAUGGCUCGUCCUGCUGAUAUCGGUAUCCUCGCAGCCGAAAUUUACUUCCCUAAGACUUAUGUUGAGCAGUCAGAGCUCGAGUCCUUCGACAAUGUUGGCAAAGGAAAAUAUACACUUGGACUAGGCCAGCUUAGAAUGAGCUGUAUAGGUGAUCGUGAAGACAUCAACUCCAUUUCCUCAACAGUUGUCGUCAAUCUUCUCGAAAAAAAUCACGUUUCCCCUCGGGAUAUAGGCCGCCUUGAAAUCGGUACUGAAACAAUCCAAGACAAAGCAAAAUCAACAAAGACCUUUUUAAUGAAUCUUUUCAAAGGAAAUGAAGGAAUUGAAGGAAUCACUACGAUUAAUGCUUGCUACGGUGGUAUCCAAGCCUUUUUCAAUACAGUUGCAUGGAUUGAAAGCAGAGCUUGGGACGGAAGACUUGGCAUUGUGGUCGCAGCAGAUAUUGCUGUAUAUGAAAGAGGCCCAGCUAGAGCCACUGGUGGGGCUGGAGCUGUGGCGUUCUUAAUAGGCCCAAAUGCACCCCUUGUAUUGGCUCCUAUAAGGAGUACAUAUAUGGUCCACGCAUAUGAUUUCUACAAGCCAAUCCCUCAAAGUGAGUACCCAGUUGUAGACGGGCAUCAUUCUAUUGACUGCUAUAUAGACGCAAUUCAUAAUUGUUAUGAAUCAUUAAAGCAGAAAACAGGCACUACAAAAAUCGAAGAAUUAGCUGAGUAUUUGUGUUUCCAUGCACCUUUUUAUAAGAUGACCAGAAGAGCGUUCAAUAAAAUGUUCCUUACUGAUAUGCUUAACCACCCCAAGGUGUAUAAGGCUGAUUUCAGCUUUACUCAGAACCCAAAUAUUAAAGACCCAAAAGUCUAUGAAAUUGUGAAUAGGCUUUCCCAAGAAGCUUGGAAUCGAAAAUGUGAACCAGCAACAUUUCUAGGAAAGCAGCUAGGGAAUCUUUAUUGUGGGUCUUUACCAGCUUCUUUAAUCAGCUUGAUUUGUGACCCUACGAUUGAUUUAAAAGGAAAACGUGUACUGUUAUUCGCAUAUGGCUCAGGACUUGCGUCUUCUAUGUUCACUCUUUAUAUGAGGCCAGACGCUCAAAACUUCAUCAACCAGCUACGCGCUAAUAACCCUAUUAGAGACCUCUUGCAAAAUCGUAUAAAAUUAACCCCUGAUGAGUAUACAAGAAGAAUGGAUAAACGAGAAAGUGACUAUGUCAAAACUAAUUAUACACCUAGAGAUCCUUUAGAUGAAAUCCCAGAAGGGGCAUUUUACCUUGUAAAAACAGAUAACAAGUGGCGUAGAUUCUAUGCAAGAAAGAUUGCAAGGCCAAAACUUUAA